AUGGAGCACAUGUCCUCUCCGGUCAGGUUCCGCAGCAAUAAGAAAGCUGCGACUUUUGCAGAAAAGGAGUUAUCUAGUCUGUCUAUUGAGGACCAGGAGGACACUCAGUUUCCUUAUGCCAUGAGGGACCUACCUCCCAUCCCUCAGCCUGGUGAACAGCUCCAGACACCAGUCAACCGUGAGGCAGAGGGAUCUGGGGCAGCAACCAAUGGGAGACUCACCAGCCUUCCUGGGACGCCCUCUCUGCCCCGUCCCAUCCCAUGCCACGCCGCUGGAUUCCCGAUAGUCCCUCACAGACCAAAUCGUGCAGGGAUGGACGCAGAGAUCCAGCCCCUGCCCCUGAGGAGGCAACUCAUCUCUCAGGUGUCUUUUGAAUCUCCGCUCAGCCCAUCCUCCCGUCCACGCAGUCCAUGGGGACGGUUUGACCCCUAUGACUCUCCGGAGGAUCAGGACAAGGAGUAUGUGGGCUUUGCCACAUUGCCCAACCAGGUUCAUAGAAAAACAGUGAAGAAGGGUUUCACGUUUACACUCAUGGUGGCAGGAGAGUCUGGCCUUGGUAAAUCCACACUCAUCAACAGUUUGUUUCUCACGGACCUCUACAAAGACAGGAAGGUUCCUAAUGCUGAAGAACGGAUCAGUCAAACAGUCGACAUCAUCAAACACACCAUUAGCAUUGAGGAGAAAGGAAUCAAAUUGAGGCUCACCAUCAUAGACACACCAGGGUUCGGAGACGCUGUCAACAACACAGAAAGCUGGAAGCAAGUAGAAGACUACAUCGACCAGCAGUUUGAACAGUACUUCAGAGAUGAGAGCGGCUUGAACAGAAGAAAUAUCCAGGACAACAGAGUUCACUGCUGCCUCUACUUCAUCUCUCCGUUUGGCCACGGUCUUCGACCUCUGGAUGUGGAGUGUAUGAAGGCUUUGCAUGAAAAAGUCAACAUAGUUCCCCUAUUGGCCAAAGCUGACAGCCUGACACAAGCAGAGGUCUGCAGAAAGAAGAUGAAGAUCAGAGAGGAGAUCAAGCAGUUUGGAAUCAACAUCUACCAGUUUCCCGAGUGUGAUUCAGAUGAGGACGAAGACUUUAAGAAGCAGGACCAGAUACUCAAGGACAGCAUCCCGUUUGCAGUAAUUGGGAGUAACGUUCAAGUGGAAUGUAAAGGUCGCAGGUUCAGGGGUCGUGUCUAUCCCUGGGGUGUGGUAGAAGUGGAGAACCCAGAUCACUCUGACUUCCUGCUGCUGAGGAACAUGCUGGUGAGAACGCACAUGCAUGACCUGAAGGACGUGACUCGGGAGACACACUACGAAAACUACAGAGCACAAUGCAUCCAGAACAUGACACGCAUGGUGGUGCAGGAGAGGAAACGCAGUUUGCGCGAGAAACAUCGCGAGGGGAGCGAGGCAGAUUUUCCUCUGCCGCUGGCCGUCGUUGACACUGAGAAGGAAAGACUCAUCUUUGAGAAAGACGAAGAGCUGAGGAGGAUGCAGGAGGUGCUGGAGAGGAUUCAGGAGCAGAUGCAGCACAGCCAGAGAGGCGGCUGCUGA